AGGCUGAGAGAGAAAGUGUCAGAAUGCAAGCUCUAGAGAACCAAGAAGGAGAAGCCGAAGCACUUAGGGCUCAGCUAGAAAAACGUCAGGCUGAGCUACAAGAAAAGGCUAGAAAUGAAUUUAGUGCUCCUCCACAGAACCAAGAAGCAGAAGCAGAAGCAGAAACACUUAGGGCUCAGCUAGAAAAGCGACAGGCUGAGCUACAAGAAAAGGCUGGAAAUGAAUAUAGGGCUCCUCCACAGAACCAAGAAGCAGAAGUAGAAGUAGUAGCACUUAGGGCUCAGCUAGCAACGCAUCAGGCUGAGCUACAAGAAAAGGCUACAAAUGAAUUUAGUGCUGCUGCACAGAACCAUGAAACUGAAGCACUUAGGGCUGAGCUAGCAAAGGGUCAGGCUGAGGAGCAAGAAAAUGCUACAAAUGAAUUUAGGGCUUCUCCACAGAACCAAGAAGAAGAAGCGGAAGCAGAAGCACUUGAGGCUCAGCUAGCAAAGCAGCGUCAGGCUGAGCAACAAGAAAAGGCUAAAUAUGAAAAAAGGGCUGCUCGUGGAGAAAAAUCAAGCAAUCAGGCUCUCCGGAUGGAGAAGGAGCUUAGUGGGCAUUUAAAUGAUGAGGGGACACAUGGGGAUGUUGGAGGGUACAGUCCUGGCAGAAUUUUUGAGAGAGUAUGAAAUCAAUGAAUUGAGAAUGCAAGCUCUAGAGAACCAAGAAGCAGAAGCCGAAGCACUUAGGGCUCAGCUAGAAAAGCGUCAGGCUGAGCUACAAGAAAAGGCUAGAAAUGAA